UCUGUCAAUAAAACGUUAUAUUCCAACCUCUCUAACUCUCUCUUUCUCUCUCUCUAAUCUCUGUUAUUUCUUCUUCAUGACUCUUCUCUUCUCUCUUCUCCCUAUAUAAUAUAAUAAUAUUACACACUCAGAGAAACAGCAGACAAGUAGCCAGAAGAAGAAAUCCUUUGACACAUUAUUAAGGAAACAAACAUGGGAGGUGGUCACAUGGGGUGGUUCCUCUUGUGUUCUUCUCUGCUUUUUUUUGCUGUGAUUGCUUCAUCUGGGUCACUCGCAAACUUGCCCAUCAUAGCCUUUGAGGAUGGCUACACCCCCUUGUUUGGGGACCAUAAUUUGGCCAUCCAUAGAGAUGGAAAAUCAGUUCACCUUUCUCUUGAUGAAAGAACAGGUUCUGGGUUUGUGUCUCAUGACCUUUACCUUCAUGGCUACUUCAGUGCCUCGAUUAAGUUGCCUUCUGAUUACACAGCUGGAGUUGUGGUUGCAUUUUAUAUGUCAAAUGGUGACAUGUUCGAGAAGAACCAUGAUGAGAUAGACUUUGAGUUUCUGGGGAACAUUAGAGGCAAAGACUGGAGGGUUCAGACCAAUGUUUAUGGCAAUGGAAGUACCAACAUUGGUAGAGAGGAAAGAUGUGGCCUAUGGUUUGAUCCUGCUGAGGAUUUCCAUCAGUACAGUAUUCUCUGGACUGAUUCUAAGAUCGUAUUUUUCGUGGAUGAUGUUCCUAUCAGGGAAGUUAUUAGAACAGAAUCAAUGGGAGGAGAUUUCCCCACAAAGCCAAUGACUUUGUAUGCCACCAUAUGGGAUGCAUCUGAUUGGGCAACCAAUGGAGGCAAAUAUAGAGUAAAUUACAAGUAUGCACCCUAUAUUGCUGAGUUCUCAGACCUUGUUCUGCAUGGCUGUGCAGUUGAUCCUAUUGAGCAUGUGACCAAGUGUGACAGUAGUGACCAAGAUUCUGAGGGCGUUCCUUUUGGCAUCACCCCAGUACAAAGAACCAAAAUGGGCAACUUCAGGUUGAAGCACAUGACAUACUCUUACUGCUAUGAUACAGUUAGAUACAAAGUCCCUCCACCAGAGUGUGUCAUCAAACCCCAAGAAGCUGAAAGGCUUAGAAAGUUUGAUCCCAUCACCUUCGGCAACGGCCGGCGCCACCGUGGAAAACGACACCACCGUAGUAGAGGUAGUCAGGAAGAGGCUGCCUCUUCAUUUUAAUGUAUGGUUCUGUAUGCAGAUUUUGUCAUAAAGGAAAUAUGUUUUUCUAUUUGAAUCAGUUUGAUUUGCCUGGGCUAGCAGCAUAUCUUUUGGAUUAAUGGUACUUUUAGACCCUAAAGAAUGGAUCAUUUUUGUUUUGUUUUAGUCCCUAACUUCUAAGAUCAUAAGUUUUGGUCCCCCACAGUGUUGGUUUUAGGGACUUAAGUUUGAGAAUUUCAAGAAGUAUAGGGACAAAAACUUGUAGAUUUCAAAGUAAAGGACUAAAACCAAAGAUGAUCCAUUUUCUUGGGUCUAAAAACACAGUUAACUCCAUUUCUUUUUCCUUGUAUAGAAAGAGGGGGAGACAUAGAAGUCCUUAAUAUGAUGGUUAAUGAGAUGGUGGGUUUAUGGCUUAGGUUCCCAGGUAUAUGUCCUCAUUGAUGUAUUGUGUAUUCAGACCCACCUCAGGGUUUUCAAUAAAGUAUAUACUUAUGAG